UUAAAAAUUCAAAAUAAAUGGUUAAUUUUCUGCGAAAGUCAAAAUAUCAUAUAAACAUUAUAAGAAUAAAACUGAAAUAUUAAGUGUAACGUCUAUGAUUAUAUGUAAUACGAUUUACUAACUACAAAGUUCAUAAAUUGCGAUAUAUAUCCAGCAAAAAUAGCAGUAGCUGUUACAUCAAUAAAUAAUCACACAAAAUACCAGUAACCUAUACAUUUAAGCUCUUAUCAGGGUAGUAACUCGUAAACUUUGGAAUUUUAUUACGGUUUUAUUGUAAUAGUAUGUCUAAAUGAAAUGGGUAUAAAAGGUUUGUGGUCUGUGCUGACUCCUUUCAGUGAAAAGAAAUCCUUGCAUGAAUUACGGGGGGAAACAAUUGCAGUAGACCUCUCUGGUUGGGUCUGUGAUAGUCAGAAUGUUACGGAACACCAUGUCCAACCGAAAUUAUAUCUUAGAAACCUGUUCUUCAGAACGGCGUAUCUGCUAUUGGCUGAAAUAAAUCCUAUAUUUGUAUUGGAAGGAGAUGCACCAGAACUCAAAAGAGAUGUAAUGGCUACUCGAAAUGCUGUCCAAUUUCGUGGUGCCGCACCCAGAUCUGAGAAGGCUUGUUCAAGUGAAAAACUGCCUAAUGUUUCCAGAAAGAGAUUUAAAAAUGUUUUAAAGGAAUGUGAAACUCUUCUCAAGAGUAUGGGAGUGAUAUGUCUUAAAGGUAGCGGAGAAGCUGAAGCAACAUGUGCCCAAUUAAAUGCUGAAGGUUUCGUCGAUGCAGUUGUCUCCCAAGAUUCGGAUUGUUUUGCUUACGGAGCGAAACGAGUGUACCGAAACUUUAGCGUGUCGAGUUCAGCCGGCGGAGGUGCGAUGCAGGGCUCUGUUGACUGCUAUGACGCCGAAAAACUGUACAAGUCGAAUGGGUUCGGCCGCAACAAAAUGGUGGCGUUGGCUUUGCUUUGCGGGUGUGACUACGUCGUGGGCGCGUGUGGUUCGUCCAUAACGACGGCCGUGCAAUUUUUGCACACUGUUGCUGAUGAUGAUGUAAUUCCUAGGUUAUUAUCGUGGGUGUCGGAUCCCGAUUGUUACGAGAGGCGGGCUCGCUGGGCGUCCGCCCCGGGACGCUGCGACCGCUGCGGUCACGUCGGACGCACACACCUCAGGAAUGGAUGCCCCGUUUGCGCCACGGACCGAGGCUGCAACGAUCUCGGACAUAAGUCGAAAGUAGCGGAAGCGAAGCGAGAGCUGUCACUUCGCAGCCGGGCCCUGUCGAGCGGCGUUCUGUUCCCCGAGCCGAGAGUUAUGAAGGAGUUUUUGAAGCCCACCAUUGAAAAAAUUGAGUUGGACAGCUUGAAAACGCCGGUUCCGAGUUUGAUACAGUUUGUGAAAUUAAUGGUGAAGAAACUUGAUUGGUCGGAACGGUACUGCGUCGAGAAAUUCUUGCCGUUGCUAACGAAAUUUCAUUUACAAGAACGCGUUCCGUCUAGAACCGUGCAACCGAUUCGUAUAAAGAAAAAGCGGAACCCGAGAGGUGUUCCAAGUUACGAAGUGGUGUGGGCUGACGUUAACGGAGUAUACGAAGCACUAAUUCCUGAUGAUCAAUUUGAAGAAGAUGAAGAUCCCUCUGUUGUUUGGACGUCAACAGAGAGACAAGAUCUCAUGCGGCAGUUUUAUCCGAAGAUAGUUGAGGCAUUCGAAGAAUCUAUAAAGAAACCUCUAAAAGCAAAGAAAUCAAGAACCAAGAAAAAGAAAGAAGAAAAAGAAAAUAUACAGGAAGAUAAACCGAAAAGGCGUUAUAAUAGAAAACCUAAAAAUAACGUUGAAAUUUUAAUAUUAAAUGAAUCUAAUAAACAUUCGAAAUUUGAAUCGAAUUCGAGCAAGCUGAAUGUCAGUGUUUCCGUGAAUAAAUUAAAAAGGAAGUUGAAAAACACGAAGAAGUCCACACAAAAAACCAUGGACAGUUUUAUUGCGAAGAAAAAGAAGAAAUCGUUGCGUAACAGUUUGGUCUUGAGUGUGAGGAGGAGCUUUAAGAAUUUGUCCAUAGCUGAGGAUAAAAAAAUAAAUAAAAAUAAAAACUUUUUGAGCAUACUGAAUAAAUCAGACGAACUAGAUCACAGUGACUUGUCAGGUAUUAUAGAGACUAUAAUUUCGAGACCACCCGUAGUCGAAACAGCCAAAGUGGAAAACAAAACGUUCAAACUUGUAUUCGAUAAAUAUUCAACGCCGACAAAAUUCGCUUUACGUAAAACUGUACUGAGCGAUAUACAGAAUAAUUGUUCGACACCGAAAGACAGUCCGAAGAACAGUUUUAAUGCUUCAAUGAAAUCUAAAUUGAAUACGAGUUAUUUCUUUGAUAAAUUGACUGACGAAAGGGACGCCUUCGAAAUGUCGCUCGAUUACAAGCACAAAAGCGCUGUUAUUGUUGAAUUUGAUAAGACUUUAGAUUAUAGUUUGCCCGAAGUCUGGUGAUUAAUGUAAAGAUUAAAGAGUUUGU